AUGUCUCCACCACUACUUGGUGUUGUGGAGGAGGAGGGCCAAAGUAAUGUCACUCUACUGGCUUCUCCGGCCUCUGCAGAAAGUGUAUGCCAGAACGGUUUGGAAUUAAGAGAGCGUAACUAUAUGGGUUUGUCUGAUUGUUCCUCUGUGGACAGCUCCACAGUCUCUGCUGCAUCUGACGAGAGGAAGACUAAUUUGAAUCUGAAGGCUACUGAAUUGCGGCUUGGGCUUCCUGGGUCUCAAUCUCCAGAAAGGAAUUCAGAGCUUUCCCUGUUGAGCUCUACACAACUUGACGAGAAGCCCUUCUUCCCUUUGCAUCCUGCAAAAGAUGGUCACUACUCCUCGACACAGAAAAAUGUCGUUUCGGGUAACAAAAGAGGGUUCUCUGAUGCUAUGGAUGGGUUUUCAGAGGGCAAGUUUCUGUCUAAUUCAGAGGUAAAUGCCAUGCUCUCACCCAGGCCUUCUCCGAACAUGGGAUUGAAACCUGGCAUGUUAGAGAACCUUGGAGUUCAACAAGCUAAAUCGAAAGAGAUAGGAGUCCCACAGGUAGUACAAGAGAGGCCUCAUGCAGCAAAUGAGACCAGACCACUACGUAGCAGUUCCACGAAUAACAGUGCACCUGCUCCAAAGGCACAAGUUGUGGGUUGGCCACCCAUCAAAUCAUUUAGGAAGAAUUCCCUCGCCACCACCUCAAAGAACACAGAAGAAGUAGAUGGUAAAGCAGGGCCUUGUGCUUUAUUUAUCAAGGUCAGCAUGGAUGGUGCUCCUUAUUUGAGAAAAGUAGACUUGAGAAACUACUCUGCGUAUCAGGAACUGUCUUCUGCACUUGAGAAGAUGUUCAGCUGUUUCACCAUAGGUCAAUAUGGAUCUCAUGGAGCUCCAGGAAGGGAAAUGCUCAGCGAGAGCAAGCUGAAGGAUCUGCUGCAUGGCUCAGAAUAUGUUCUCACUUACGAGGAUAAGGAUGGAGACUGGAUGCUUGUUGGCGACGUUCCCUGGGUGAUGUUUAUUGAAACAUGCAAGAGGCUGAGGAUCAUGAAGAGCUCUGAUGCCAUUGGCCUAGCCCCAAGAGCCAUGGAGAAAUGCAAAAACAGGAAUUAG